AUGUCUGUCCCUACUGAACAAAUUGAGAAGUUGGCAGUUUCAGAAACUCCAGCUGAAACUCCAGCAGCUUCUGCUGCUGUUGCUGAAACAGCCGAAGGAGCUGAACCCGUAAUCUUGGGAGAAGAUGGCCAGCCCUUGUCCAAGAAGGCAUUGAAGAAGUUGCAAAAAGAAAAGGAAAAAGCAGCCAAAAAGGCAGAAAGAGAAGCCCAAUUAGCCAAAGAAAAGGCUGCUAAAGAAGCCGAAGCUGCUAAUGAUCCAGCUAAGGAGAACUAUGGAAAGUUGCCAUUGAUCAACUCGUCCUUUACUGAGAACCAAACCAGAGUACAAUUCAAGGAUUUGUCUGCUGCUAACGACGGCGAACAGGUCAUUUUCAGAGCCAGAGUACACAAUUCGAGACAACAGGGUGCUACAAUGCUUUUCUUGACAUUGAGACAGCAAUCGGAGUUGAUCCAGACUCUUUUUAAAACCAAUAAGGAAACCGAUUCUAAUGCAAUUUCCAAGCAGAUGGUCAAAUGGGCUUCCUCCAUCAAUUUGGAGUCUAUUGUUGUUGUCCAUGGUACCGUCAAGAAGGUCGAUGAGUUGAUCAAGUCGUCUACGGUGCAAGAUGUCGAGAUUCACGUGAGCAAAAUCUACACCAUUUCUGAGACUCCUGAACAAUUGCCAUUGUUGAUCGAAGAUGCUUCCAGAUCUGAAGCAGAGGCUGAAGCUCUAAAAUUGCCAAUUGUCAACUUGGAUACCAGAUUGGAUGCUAGGGUCAUUGAUUUGAGAACUCCAACCAACCAAGCAAUCUUUAAGAUCCAAUCCGGUGUCUGUGCUUUGUUCAGAGAGUUUUUGGCCGGCAGGGGCUUCACGGAAAUCCAUACUCCAAAGAUCAUUGCUGCUGCCUCUGAAGGUGGAUCCAACGUAUUUCAGAUCAACUACUUUAAAGGUUCUGCUUUCUUGGCACAAUCGCCUCAGUUGUACAAGCAACAGUUGAUUGCUGCUGACUUUGAAAAAGUGUACGAGGUUGCUCCCGUUUUCAGAGCUGAAAACUCUAACACCCACCGUCACAUGACCGAGUUCAUGGGUUUGGAUUUGGAAAUGGCUUUCGAAGAACACUACCACGAAGUUCUUGACAUUUUGGCUGACUUGUUCGUUUUUAUCUUCACUGAGUUGAAGAAGAGAUACGCCAAGGAAAUUGCCACAGUCAGAAAGCAAUUCCCAGUGGAAGAAUUCAAAGUGCCAGAAAGUGGUAAAAUGGUGAGACUCCACUUCAAAGAAGGUAUUGCCAUGUUGAGAGAAGCUGGUAAAGAGGUCGACGACUUCGAAGACUUGUCCACUGAGAAUGAAAAGUUGUUGGGUAAGUUGGUUAGGGACAAGUACGAUACCGACUUCUACAUCUUGGACAAGUUCCCAUUGGCCGUCAGACCUUUCUACACUAUGCCUGAUCCAGAAGACCCAAGAUACUCUAACUCUUACGAUUUCUUCAUGAGAGGUGAAGAGAUUUUGUCUGGUGCUCAACGUAUCCACGACCCAGCUUUGUUGACAGAAAGACUCACUGCCCACGAAGUCGACCCUAACGUUGCCGGUGUCCAUGAGUACCUUGAAGCCUUCACUUAUGGUUGUCCUCCUCACGCUGGUGGUGGUAUUGGCUUAGAAAGAGUGGUUAUGUUCUACUUGGACUUAAAGAAUAUCCGUCGUGCUUCGUUGUUCCCAAGAGACCCAAAGCGUUUGAGACCAUAGAUCUGUAUAAAGCGUGAUAGUUUUGAUAUUUAAAUAUAAUCAAGUUAUUAU